CCUCCUCAUGUGAUGUGACAAGAAGCACAGCGACAAUCAUGCUUACCGCCACAAAAGCAGGUGCCGUGCCUAUUGCUGUGUUGCUGCACAGCUCUCAAACCACGGAGGGCUACAGCCUCGCCUUCCAACUGCUCAAGGAUAGCUGCCCAUCAUGCUUUGGCAACAGACAGGCUCCCUUAGUACUGAUGUCGGACAAUUCCCGUCCCGACAAGGAUGCUUUGAAAAAGACGUGGCCUGCAGCCAAACAGCUCCUAUGCCAGUUUCAUGUGCUGCAAGCAGAAUGGCACUGGCUGACUGCAGCGGGUAACAAAGACCCCAAGGAAGACCAACGUCAACUGAUGGCUGCCUUCCAAAAGGGACGUGCAUCUACACAGCUGGCACACCAGACUGCUGGGCGGUGCUUGUGGUCAUUCCUAUCAUGCAGCGAGCUCAGUCUCUGGAUGCCGCUCAGGAGAUAA